GGCGAGCCCGGGCGGACACAGCCGUGCAGCCCCGGGCCGGCGGCGGGCGGCGCGCAGCGGGCAGCGGCCAUGGCGGCGCGGUGCUGAGCACAGGGACUGCGCACGGCCCCGGAACAAGAACACUCAAGGUGUGAAGGAUAAUACUCAACUAGAAUCAGCACUUCGGAUGAAAUUGUGUUUCCCUGUGGCAUCUUGAACACUCGUUUUCUUUGGGUUUUGCAACAGACUUAUAACUUUGUGGCAUAGCAGCUAUGCAGCUUGAAAUCCAAGUAGCACUCAAUUUUAUUAUCUCGUAUUUGUACAAUAAGCUUCCCAGGCGGCGUGUCAACAUUUUUGGUGAAGAGCUUGAAAGACUUCUUAAGAAGAAGUAUGAAGGGCACUGGUAUCCAGAAAAGCCAUACAAAGGAUCAGGGUUUAGAUGUAUACAUAUAGGGGAGAAAGUGGACCCAGUCAUAGAACAAGCAUCCAAAGAAAGUGGCUUGGACAUUGAUGAUGUUCGUGGCAACUUGCCUCAGGAUCUUAGUGUUUGGAUUGACCCAUUUGAGGUUUCAUACCAAAUCGGUGAAAAGGGACCAGUGAAAGUGCUUUAUGUGGAUGAUAAUGAAAAUGGAUGUGAGUUGGAUAAGGAAAUCAAGAACAGCUUUAACCCAGAGGCCCAGGUGUUCAUGCCAAUUAGUGACCCAGCAUCAUCAGUUUCUAGCUCUCCUUCUCCUCCCUUUGGUCACUCUGCUGCUGUGAGCCCAACUUUCAUGCCCCGCUCCACUCAGCCUUUAACCUUCACCACUGCCACAUUUGCUGCCACCAAGUUUGGCUCGACCAAAAUGAAGAAUAGCGGCCGUAGCAACAAGGUUGCCCGCACUUCUCCCACCAACCUUGGCUUGAAUGUCAAUGACCUGUUGAAGCAGAAAGCCCUUUCCUCCUCCAUGCACUCUCUCUACGGGCUUGGCCUAGGCAGUCAGCAGCAACAACAGCAGAAGACUUCUGCCCUCUCUCCUAAUGCAAAGGAGUUCAUAUUCCCCAACAUGCAGGGUCAAGGUAGUACCAGUAGCAUAUUUCCUGGUGACAGCCCCCUUAACCUCAAUCCUCUCCAGUACAGCAAUGCCUUUGAUAUGUUUGCAGCCUAUGGAGGUCUAAAUGAGAAGUCUUUUGUGGAUGGCUUGAAUUUUAGCUUAAACAACAUGCAGUAUUCUAACCAGCAAUUCCAGCCUGUCAUGGCUAACUAAAAAUAAAACACAAGUGAAAUACAAGUAAAUUCUAUUGUACAAGUUGAAAUGCACGUACCCAAGGGUGUAUCUUUUUUCCACCUCUUGAGAUUUUUUUUUUUUUUUUUAAAGCUUGUAGUACGAAUACAUUCAAGCUUGGUUAGAUAAAUACAACAUGCAUCAUUUUUUUCAUUUGCCAACCAAGCACAAAGUUAUUUUAUACUGACUGUACAUUUAAAAUAUACUCUCAAAAUAUGGCCUCUUACAGUAUUUAAGAUAUAGCAAGGACAUGGCUGAUUUUUUUAUAUAUAUACAUAUAUAAAACAAAUUGGCACUAAUAAGUGGGUUUAUUGGUCUUUUUCUAAUUGUAUAAUUUAAUUUAGUACAAAGUUUGUAAAAUAUCAGAGUAUAUAUAUUGUUUCUACAACAUGGUAUUGCAUUUAUAUCUUUUUACUACAGUGAUCUGUGACAGCUGCAGCAGCUUCAUGUUGUAUUUUUUUUACUGAAAUUGUAAGAUAUCCAUCUUAAAGACAUCACUUCUAAAAAACAAACAAAAAAAUAAAUAAAAAAGUGUGUACAGAAUAUUCCUUAGUGGUGGAAUUAAAAUGUACGAAAUAUUUGCUUUUUUCAAAAAGAAACACAAAUUGUAUUUUCUGUUAAAAGUUUAAAGAUUUUUGCUAUAUAUUAUGGAAGAAAAUGUAAUCGUAAAUAUUAAUUUUGUACCUACAUUGUGCAAUACUUGAAAAAAGGUAUAAAAGUAUUUUGAGUCAGUGUCUUACAUGUUAAGAGGGACUGAAAUAGUUUAUAUUAAGUUUGUAUUAAAAUUCUUUAAAAUUAAA